AUUAUCUAAUAGAUGGCGCGUUUGUUAACUUUCUAACCUAAAAAACAUUUGACGUGUAUUCCAAAAUAGAUAAUUUUACAAACUUGUUAGUAUUUAGAAACUUAAAAAGACAUAUUUUCAAUGCAGGGCCACUCUGCAAUGCCUCCACCCCUUCAAUGGAGCCCUGAUAAGAAACACAGCGACCGCGAAAGAUGGGUAUGUAUUUAUCCAGCAUACAUCAACAGUAAAAAAACUUUAGCUCAAGGCAGAAGAAUAUCAAAAGAAAAAUGCGUCGAAAACCCAACCCAUCAAGAAAUAAGAGAUGUGUUGCUGGCAGCAAACUUGAAAGUUGGAGUGGAAAAUAAAAUUUACUCAAGAGAAAGAAGUAAGGAGCUUUUGUACCGUGGUAGAAUAAGAGUGCAAUUAAAGAAUGACGAUGGUUCUUUAUACAAUCCAAGUUUUCCCACCAGAGAGAGUAUUAUGCUUCAUUUAGGAGAUAUGAUUCCUAAGCUGAAGACACGACAGACAAAGAGUGGUGGUGAACAACAGCAAUCAACGGGUAAUAAGGGAAAGGGCAAAGGAAAAGGAAGACGUUAACAAUGGUUUUAAACUAAAAUUGGUUUAUAUAAAAUGGGUAAAAUUUUGUUUUUAAAUAUUCAAUAAAGUUUUUUAGUUUAUUUUAA